AUGUCCCUGCCAGUGAUCGAUAUCGCGCCGCUGUACAACGACAACAAGGCGCACUUGCUGCGCGUUGCACACGCGAUCGACGAUGCAUGCCGCACCUGGGGCUUCUUCUACAUCACCGGACACAACAUUCCGAAGGACCGCGUGGAGCAGCUGACGGGGAUGGCGAAAAAGUUCUUUGCUCUGCCGCAGGAGGAGAAGCUUCGGAUCAACAUUGAGAAGACCUCGAACCACCGCGGCUACGGCAUGUGUGCUGCAGAGCAGCUCGACCCCAGCAAGCCUAGUGACUGGAAAGAAACCUUCGACAUGGGCUUCCACAUGCCUCUGGACCACCCCUCUGUCGUUGCCGGCAAGCCGCUGCGCGGCCCGAACCACCACCCCACGUGGAUUGAGGGAUGGACGGAGCUGAUGGAGCAGCACUACAGCGAUAUGCAGCGCCUGGCUCUGCUGCUGAUGCGUGCGCUGGCACUUGCACUCGACAUCGAUGAGGACUUUUUCGUGUCGAAGUUUCACGAGCCGCUGAGCGUGUUCCGCAUGAUCCACUACCCCGCACUGCCGGACGAGAAGGGCCGCGUUGUGUGCGGCGCGCACACAGACUACGGCAUCGUGACCCUGCUGUACCAGGACAGUGUUGGCGGGCUGCAGGUGCAGAACCUGCAGGGUGAGUGGAUGGACGCGCCAUCACUUGAGGGCAGCUACGUUGUGAACAUCGGCGACAUGAUGGCGAUGUGGAGCAACGGGCGGUACAAGAGCACGCCGCACCGUGUGCUAAACCAAGGCGUGGAGCGCAUCUCGAUGCCGUUCUUCUGCGAGCCGAACCCCGAGACGAUGAUUUCGUGCCUGCCGAACUGUUUCGACGAGGCGAACCCCCCGAAGUUUUCGGACGUGAAGGCUGCCGACUGGCUGCUGAAGCGCUUCCAACAGACGUAUGCCUACCGCGCGGACGAACUGAAGUCGCAAUAG